AUGGUCGAGGAUGGGGGGGCCUAUCUAGCACCCAGAAUCUCAGCUUGGUCUCUGAAGGCUUACACCCUAUCCCUUACGAACUACCUGCCAAAGCUGGUCUCGCGGCUUCAGGAGGACAGUGGUCCAGGCAAGCGAGCACCUUGUUCUCUCACAGGCCAGAACGGCUGGGAGCCUGGACUGGGGUCCCUGACUGGCACCCGGGCAGGAGUCGGACCCAGCCUCCUGCUCCUUGGCACCGUGUCCCUGGAGCACAGCGCCCUUGUUUCAGAGCACGUUCUCGAAGGACCUGCGAAAAUCUGCGGGAGAAGCCGGCAGGAGACCCUGGGCUGCCUACACACGGCGUGGCUAUCUGCGCGCAGGACGUGCUGCGCGAAUCUUGGGGCCCCAGAGAAUGGAGGCAAGGCAGAUGUCGCCAGUCUUGAAUCCAGACAUUAUGAGCAAGAAUGGGGCACGGGGCCUCAGGACGAACGAUGCGUUCCCGGCGGUGCCGGUAUGCUCCUCCUGGCAUGGUCCACGGAGACAGAGCCGGUGCGGCCGCCGGAGAGCCUCAGCCACCAGCGUUAG